ACACACACACACUCAUACACACACACACACACACACACACACAUACACACACAUUAAACCCAAUGAGUUCUUGGAAUGUUCCUCCGAGAGUUUGACUCCCCAUUUUAAGAACAAAACUUAACAUAAAUGAACAGCAUCCAAGACAAGUUCAAGACUGUUUGCUGCUCCUUCGCUCAGCAUGAAGAAUACUGCACAACUCUGUCUGGCAGUCUUGCCGUGGCUUCUGUUCCUCUUCACUUCCAAAGGGAUUUGUAACCAGAGAGUGCAUUGCCAGUGGGGGCCUUAUGGAGAUUGGUCAGAGUGUGAUGGCUGCACCAAAACACAGACAAGAAGCCGACCCAUGGCUGUCUAUGCUCAGUUUGGAGGGAACCCUUGCGGAGGGGAGCGAACGGAGACCAGACCCUGUGAAACUACAAAAGGCUGUCCUUUAGAGGAUGGAUGUGGAAACAGGUUUCACUGCCGAUCAGGGAAAUGUGUUAGCCAGUCUCUGGUGUGUAACGGAGAUCAGGACUGUGAGGAAGAUGGAGAAGAUGAACGAGCCUGUAACCCACAGCAACAAUUCAUUGUAUGUACAGAUGCAGCUCUCCCACCUAACAUAGAACUCCUAGGACAAGGGUAUGAUGUGGUGACAGGAAAGAGGAGGGCCAGUGUCAUCAACACAAAGAGCUUUGGGGGUCAGUGUCGCACCAUAUACAGCGGCGUCAACAAUAAUAUCUACCGACUGCCCCUAAGUACUCUCCAGUACAACUUUAUGGUUAAAGUUAAGAAAGAUUUCAGCGAUGAGAUGUUCACCAGUAAAUGGCACUAUGCAAAGGACAUUGUCAACAGACAGACAGUGCACGGGACCACAACAGGACAUCACAACUAUGACUUCCAUAAGAUACAUGACACAACUAAGAUAUACAGGAUUUUGGUUUUAAAGAAUGACAUAGAGGUCGCUCAAUUCCAGAGUAACUCUCCUCAGUACCUCCCAAUAUCUGAGGAGUUCUGGAAGGCACUGGCCAAACUCCCAUCUGUGUACGACUACGGUGCUUACAGGAAGGUUUUGGAAAGGUUUGGAACACACUACUUGUCUGAAGGAAGCCUCGGAGGCUCCUUCAAAGUUGUCGCCAGGGUUGAUGAAGAAACUGAAAAACAAAUGGAAAGUGAAAUCGAGAGCCAUCAUGAAUGUUCAGAGACUAUAAGGUUUUUCCUGAUAUUCCCCAUCUCUGUUGUGAAGUGCAAGAAUUAUGAUAGGCCUAAUUAUAGGCCACCAUCCACAGAUAUUAAGAGGGGCAAUAGUGCAGAUAGAGUGGACAUAGCUGGAGGAGCCCCCGCACAUAUAGCAGCACUGGAGACCAUGCAGCCUGAUACUCUGGACAAGAACUGGGAAAUGUAUUCAAACUGGGCUGACUCUAUUCGAUCAUUUCCAAAGGUUACCAAACAAAAGCUGCGGCCGCUGUCAGAGCUGGUGAAGGAGGUUCAGUGUGCUGGGGUGAAGAAACUUUACCUUCGCAGAGCCAUAGAGCAGUACAUUGGUGAGAGUGACCCCUGCCACUGUCAGCCCUGCAGAAACAAUGGCUUGGCUGUCAUGGAUGGAGAUGUAUGCAUAUGCAUCUGUAAGCAUGGAACAUCAGGACCGGCUUGUGAGCAGGGAAGUGAAAUAGAGGGUCAGCAGGGAGUGAUUCAUGGUAGUUGGACUUGUUGGUCUUCCUGGUCAGCAUGUUCUGGGAAUCGGAGGUCGCGACAACGUUCCUGCUCUAAUCCUGCUCCUCAGAAUGGGGGACAGAGCUGCAUCGGAGAGUCCACUGAGACAUCUGACUGUGAAGACCAAGACAUACAAUACUUAAAAACCAUGGAGCCUCAGUGUUUUGACUGGACUCUCCCACCAAGUCAGAAGUGUGGAGACCCUCCUGCUCUAGUCAAUGGCUACAUUCUGGACCCUAAGGACAUUUACCUUGUGGGUAGUAGAGUUCAGUACACCUGCACUGAAGGUUUCCAUCUUCUUGGUCAGAGCACCCUUGAAUGCACCACUGAUCAAACUUGGUCUGCCAGCCCUGGUCUGUGCACAAUCUCAAGCUGCAAGAUCGGGGCCCUCGCUGAUGAUGUCAUUGCUUCUCCGUUAAAGCCGUCCUAUGGCAUAGGGGAGACAAUUACUUUGUCUUGUCCCGAGGGAAGACAGCUUCUAGGGGAAGCAACGAUUAUUUGUGAUGCCAGUCUACAUUUUUCACCAGACCCAGCAGGCAUCAAAUGCAGCCCAGACAUUUUGCUAGAACUCAUCAUUCCCUCAGUGCAAUGUAAGCAGUGGGAGAAGUCUUCGAGAGGACAAUGUGUUUGCAAAAUGCCUUUUGAGUGCGGUUCGUCUUUGGAGUUGUGUGCGACUAGUCCUGUGACCGGAAAAUCAAUCCUUCUCAGUGUGUGUAAAUUGCAUGCACUGCAGUGUAUAAAGAAGAACCACGAAAUAGCAGAGGACAGUGCCUGCAAGUGGCCAUUGCGCAGCACAACUACAGACUGUACCAACUGUCAGAUGUGGGAAACCUGCAAUGAUCAAACCAACGAGUGCCACUGUAAGGAUUCUGCAGAUUGUUUGAUCCAAGGAUCAAAUAUUUGUGUCCGUGUUGGGGAGAAUGCAACUGAAGCCACACAGACCAUGAGCGAGUGUGAAGCAGGACUACGGCGAUGUAAAGGAGAAACGGUGUCAGUUGUCAGUAUCCUGCCCUGUACUUCCUGAGGAUACAGGAGGAGAGCUGACCUUACGACCUCCCAUCUCCGCCCUCCUGCACGCAUUAAUCCUCUACUAUACAUUCCUCAUAUUUCCACUGAAUCAGUAUCUUUUAAGUCGUAAUGCAUGUAUAAAAUAGAAUAAAACUGUAUUGAACCAGCAAAUAAAUAAUAAAGCACAAGCCAUGCUUCA